AUGGCUAUUAGAAAGAAAAGGAAAGUGACUGAUGAUAAAUGUGUAGCUCAAAAGGGUAAUGUAUAUAAAAAUAUGCAAGAAUCACAGGAAACUCACAUAUCCAACCACCUGGAUGAAAUUGUUGCUGCCGUCAGCAUAACACCUAGAAAGAAACUGCAAAACCAGCUGCUUCAGAGAGCACUGUUCCAGCCUCCGCGAGAGAAACUCCGCCUCUCUGAAGAGAAAGCAAAGUCGUAUGCCAGCAGCCAUGAAUACAAAAAGGCUCUCCAUGAACUUGUGCACUGCAUGGCUCUGACAAGGAUCUGCUAUGGUGAUUCCCACUGGAAGCUGGCCGAGGCGCAUGUUAACCUGGCUAAGGGUUAUCUUCAGCUGAAAGGAAUGUCACUACAAGCAAAACAACAUGCAGAAAAAGCCAAAGAAAUCCUCACCAGCUCCAUUGUGCCUCCAUACAAUGACAAUACAGAUGUUUUCAAGUGUUCGGUUGAGCUGUUCUAUACCUUGGGGCAAGCCUUACUCUCCCUUCAAAAGUUCAAGGAAGCCUCAAAGACUGUGACAAAGGCAGAGAUGCUCUCAAAGGAGAUGCUCCAGUGUGGGAAGAUCAAAGAAGAUGAAUGGAUGGAAAUUCAAGCACGGAUCAAAUUGUCAUUUGCGCAGGUAUAUCAAGGUCAGAAGAAAUCAAAAGAAGCUCUGCCCCACUACCAAGAGGCUUUAGAAUAUACUGAGAUCAGUAGAGGUGAAAAAAGUCUUGAGUGUGUACCAAUACUGAGGGAACUGGCAGCUGCAGAGCAGGCCCUGGGAUUUCACGAUGCAUCCAUCAACAACCUUGUACAGGCACAUCUCAUCGUCCUGAGAGGAAGCCCCUCUCGAGAGGAGGCAGCCGCGUCCGCACACGCCGUCGCCUGUGCUGCUGUCGCUUCCGGGAGGCCUGAGCACCACGAUGUGGCUGAGCAGUAUUUUCAGGAUAGCAUGGCUAAUCUCAAGGAUGCUGAAGGGAUGGAGAAAGCCAGAUUUCUUUCAAUUCAAGAUGAUUACUGCCAUUUCCUACAAGUCACUGGACAAGAUGAGAGAGCCACUUCCAUCCUUAGAGAGUCCCUGGAGGCCAAAGUGGCCGUGUUUGGUGAUUUCAGCCCUGAGGUGGCAGAGACAUAUCGGCUCCUGGGUGUGGCUGACCUGGCACAGGGGAACCAGACCGGGGCCCACAGGAAACUGAAGAAGUGUCUUCAGAUCCAGACCCUCUUAUACGGAUUCCAGGACAAGAGGACUCUGGCCACCCAGCAGACCAUGGACAUCCUGUCCAAGGCCCCCGAGGUGCCCGCGAGGCCGCGGCCGUCCCCCGGAGCCAAGGCGGCCUUCUGCGCCGGCGGGCGGCCGCACAGCGUGCCCGGGCGCGCCAGGCCCAGUGCUAACGACUGA